UCGUUCGCGUAAUCGUCGUACUCGUACCCAUCUAGCGAGAUUCGAUUAGUACGAUUCCGAAACAGGAGAAAACGAUGUCGUUAAUCCCUAGUUUCUUCGGUGGCCGGAGGAGCAACGUGUUCGAUCCGUUCUCUCUGGACAUCUGGGAUCCGAUGGAAGGGUUAUUUCCGUUCACGGGGAAGGCGGCGUCCUCUGGCGGAGACGAGACGGCGGCGGUGGUGAAUACUCGGAUCGACUGGAGAGAGACGCCGGAGGCUCACAUAUUGAAGGCGGACCUGCCUGGGCUGAAGAAGGAGGAGGUGAAGGUGGAGGUGGAAGAGGGGCGGGUGCUGAAGAUCAGCGGAGAGAGGAGCAGAGAAGAGGAGGAGAAGAGCGACAAAUGGCACAGGGUGGAGCGGAGCGUCGGGAAGUUCAUGCGGCGGUUCCGGCUGCCGGAGAACGCCAAGAUGGAGGAGAUCAAGGCCAACAUGGAGAACGGAGUGCUGACGGUGAUGGUGCCCAAACAGGAGGAGAAGAAGCCCGAGGUCAAGGCCAUUGAAAUCGGCGGUUAAGUUUGUAUCUAUAAACCUGUGCUCUGUUCUGUGUUCUGUGUUCUGUGUUCUGCGCUUUAGUUUUGGUUCGUCAAAUAACAAGUACUCUCUUCCGCUGGAGUGAGUGCGGUUUGUAAGAAAUGUGAUCGUAUGUAUGAUACUUUCUGAAUUCACACUUAUAGAAUGUUUCAACAAAAUGAAAAGUAUMUCAAAAUUU